GUCUUCUUUGACUUCGCUUCUUAGUUGUUAAGAAUGCUCCUCAGCGUGUCUUCUGCUUCCUCGAUCUGCUCGAGUUCGGCACUUAGUGCAAACUUGAUGUUUGAGGGCCACUCAACUUCAUUUGAAUACCACAGCUCUUUGUUCGUGAACUCCUGUCGGUCUGCUUUGAACUUGCCUUCUUUGAGUUCUUCGAAAGCAACCUGGCCUCGCACUUAUCCUUCCAGCAUGAACACACUCGGAAGAGCCUCAAACGUGUGUUCUGCAUAGCAGUCAUCAUCCCAGAUGGGAUUGGCGCUGUCUCCCGAAAACUCUUUCAAGUACAAGUUCGAAAGGUGUUUGAGGCAGCCCAAGCUUUCGACGUUCUCGAAGUCUUUGAUGCUGUUUCCUUGAGACAUCAAUGUCACCAGUUCUCUGCAGUCUUUGAGCGGACUCAGCUGCUAUAGCUUGUUGUAGGCUACUUUCACGUGAGUCAGAGUCACACAGGCUCCGAUACCGUUUAGCAUCAAAAUUUUAUUAUGAGGCAGAUCCAGCAUCAGCAAGCUGGUACACUCGGGCAUACUAAUAAUGGCUGUUACACAUUGCUUCUUGAUGUCUAGGUGGAACACUAUUUUAGGUCGAGCUUCUUGGACACCGUUUUGAUGUAAUUUAUCAACUAUAUCCCAAUCCUCCUUCCCCAACCUCAAUCUGCCCUUCAACUCUCUCUUCCCCAGCCAACCCCUCUCCACUCCAGUCUCCCCUAAAAAGACUAAGUUUCCUCUUCCACAACUGACUCCUGCACUGUGGGAGACCUUAACAAUGAAAAUGAGAAUUCAAUAAGAAAAGUCAAAAAGAGCAGGAUGAGGGUAGGAAACUGAGCAAAAAGAGAUAAAAGGAUAUUAAAAUUUUGGAAUAGCGAAUAAGGGUGGGUAGAAGAGUUAUAGAGGUAUGGUGCUUGGAGGAUUUUUAUGGGGUUGAGGAUUGAUGGGAUUUUUGAGAAUGGAAAUUUUUGAAAGAGAGAAAAGAGAAAUAAAGCAUAAAUAGAAAUUCAAAAUUCUCCAAUAACAAAAAUAUUCAUGAAUUUUAGCAAAUCCCUCCUUUUAGUAUAAUAAACUCCCCUCUUACAACUAACCCUUCUAUUAAUUGAAAACACCUCCAAACUUACUUCACAACCGUAUUUUUCAGAAUUUCUAAAUUCUAAUAUUCAGUAUAAACUUCAUUU